CAGGCGGCUCUGGCCUAGGCCCGCGGGUGUCGCCACGCUGCAGGAGCACUUCGUGCCCGGGCCCCUCACUCGCCCUGGGGUUCCGGAGCCGCCUUCCUGGCCCUGACGCCUCCGAGCGCGGCGGGAGCCCCAGGUGGCGCGGACCCCACUGCUCGCCCGGGCCGGCAGUGGCCUGACAGCGGCGUCCUCUAGAAACCGGCUUUCCGGCCCGAUGCCGCCUUGUGAGGCCCAGCCGUGUCUCCGCCGGCAGCCAGGGCGCGUGCGUUUUCGUGGCUAAAUGGGAUUCCGCUGUAGGAGCGACUCCUUCCUCGUUUCCGCGCACUGGGGCUCGGCACGCCUCCGCCCCUCCGUGCCCCGCCCCAGGGCUCCUGCGACUCCUCCGUUCAGAUGCAGCCCCUCCCUUGCGGAGAUCGGCUGUCUAACCUGCCCUUUCGCGGCUCGUACCCCACCUCCCCUCCCCGAGCUGCACACGCUGGGCCGCUCCAGGCCGCAGCCCGGGCUGCGUUCGCUUCUGUCUCCGCCCCUGAAGCCCUUGUUUACACCGUCCCUCCCUGCGGUGGGUGUCCCUGCCCAGCGCUGCCGGCCUGAGCCCCGUCUGACCGCCAGCCGCCUCCGCGCCCCUCCUUGCACACCCAGGGAGCCUCUCACACCACCACAUGGGAACCAGAGCGCGCGCCUGCCCUCCAAGCCUGCCCCCCGCUGUUCUGCUCCAUCUCACGUCAUGGUUCUUUGGCUGGUAAACAGGGCUGUCAUUUUGAUUCCUUGUUCAUCUUCACUCCACUUCAAAUCUUUUAUUGGUUUGGUGGUUUCCACCUCCAAAGUGUGUCUUGAGCUGGGCCAGCCAUUGCAUCUGCUUCCUGACUGGGCAGGACCCUCCCAGGGGUUUCCUGCUUCCUCAGCCCCCUAUCCAGCUGGGAGCCCCAAGAGCCUUCAGCCCUCGGACAGCUCUUGCUGCAUUAGUGAGGACGCUCUCCACGACCUCAGCACUCAGGAGUGUUGGAGGGCACCUCUGAGCCGACCCCGGCUCUGCUCCCCAGUCUCUGCUGCGACCAGAGCCCACAGGAUGUUUCACGGGAUCCCAGUCACUCCGGGCAUGGGAGCCCCUGGGAACAAGCCGGAGCUGUAUGAGGAAGUGAAGCUGUACAAGAAUGCACGGGAACGGGAGAAGUAUGACAACAUGGCAGAGCUGUUUGCAGUCGUGAAGACGAUGCAGGCCCUGGAGAAGGCGUACAUCAAGGACUGUGUCACGCCCAAUGAGUACACUGCAGCCUGCUCCCGCCUCCUGGUGCAGUACAAAGCCGCCUUCCGGCAGGUUCAGGGCUCAGAGAUCAGCUCCAUUGAUGAAUUCUGCCGCAAGUUCCGUCUGGACUGCCCAUUGGCCAUGGAGAGGAUCAAGGAGGACCGGCCCAUCACUAUCAAGGAUGACAAGGGCAACCUCAACCGCUGCAUCGCCGACGUCGUCUCGCUCUUCAUCACGGUGAUGGACAAGCUGCGCUUGGAGAUCCGUGCCAUGGAUGAGAUCCAGCCUGACCUGCGGGAGCUGAUGGAGACCAUGCACCGUAUGAGCCACCUGCCCCCUGACUUUGAGGGCCGCCAAACGGUCAGCCAGUGGCUGCAGACGCUGAGCGGCAUGUCUGCAUCUGACGAGCUGGACGACUCCCAGGUGCGCCAGAUGCUCUUUGACCUGGAGUCGGCCUACAAUGCCUUCAACCGGUUCCUGCACGCCUGAGUCCCGUGGUCCCUGCCCAGGCUGGGCUUGGGGAGGAGCCUCCCACAGCAGCCCUCCUGCUUCCUCGGAUGUUGGCCCCUGCACGGUCUGCAUGUGUCUUGCUGUCCAUAGCAGCCUGUCUGUGUGUCUGUCUAUGGUGUCGUGACCCUGUAGUCCCCUCCCUCCCCACAAUAAAGAUGCUUUCUGACCUCCCU